AUGGGCGACACCACGUACGACUCGUCCGUGAUUGCUGCGGAGCUGCGGCGCCUGCACGUCCAGGAUGCCGCCGAGAAGCAGCAGGAGGCUGCGCGCCGAGAGGCCCAGCGAGACCGCACGCGCAGCCUCGUGCGCUUGAUGCAGCUCGACACUCGCGACGAGGCCAAGAUCGCGCUCCAUGCAGAGAACGCCACGCACUACAACCAGCGCGCGGCGGUGCUGGACCAGAUCCGCGCGCUGCAGAGCCGCUACCAGGCCGAGAAGAAGAGGCUCCCAGCCAUCCAGGACAAGAAGGAGCGGCACGAGCGGCUGCAGCGUGCCAAGGCGGCGCGCGACAAGGAUGUGGCCGCGCUGCGGCAGUACUUGGCGCAUCUGGAGGCCUCGGCGCCGGCCGUGGUGCGACCGGGGAGCUCCUCGUACGCAGGGAACGUCGACCGAGCUGCAACGCCUGCAGGAAUUGUGUCACUGCCAGAGAUGACAGUGCAAAAGCCGAGUCGCCGGAGCGAGAGCGUCUCAGCUACAGUUUUUAAGCAGCUCAUGGACCAAAUCCGAGCGAUCAAGAAGGACCGACCCACGAUGCUAGACCCGUACAUGGCGAACCUGAAGCUUGCUCGUCUUUGGGAUCGCUUGCACGACACGGCGCGAUGUCUGGAGAACUACGACGCGGCGUGUCAGAUGAUGAAGGAGAAACACCUUGCUCAAAUACCACCGGAAUUGCUGGAGGAAACCUUGGAGAAGCAGCGGCUGCGGAGGAGAUCAGCGCUCCAUUAUUUGUUCUCGCGCGCGCUGCAGCGCAAACAACGCCAAGAGGCUGCAGAUCUGCUGUCAAAAUUUAUCGAGCUCUCACUCCCAGAAGACCGCCUGAAGGAUCUUGCUUAUGUGGACAGAAUUCUGCGCGAGCAAGAGUACAUUGAGGACCCGACCCUCGCGAGCUCAGAUGAAAUUAAAUUCACGAUUCGAAGCUCCAACAGCCUGGGGCAUCUGACAGACCUGCGCCUCAAAUUACUGAGAGAAAUGCUAGCGGCAGCGUCAACAGAUCCAUACCUCAUCGAGUCCGUAGCGAACAUCCACGUGCGGAGGGGGGAGUUCGCGGCCGCGGAGGAGCUCACUGCCCGCUUUGUAGCGCUGCCUCCCGUCAAGCGAAUAUCGUUAUUUGCUACGUUUAACGAGCUGCGGUGCGGAAUGUAG